CUCGUGCCUCAGUUGUUGCUACGACACGUUACCGCGAGCAUCGCCACUCACAGCCCAGCUAGCGUUCUUCGGGAAAUUCCUAAAAUGUCGCCGCCUCUCGCCGUCGUAUUUAGUUCCAAAUAAGCCAUUGACGUUCGUUCAACUUUUGUAUCGCGGCUAAUUUUCUCGAGGCGCGUCGUAGUUUACGUCUCGCCGUUCCGAAGUAGCCGAACCGGGUCCUUUAUGCACAGCGUGCUGCUCCGGUCCUCCGAGCACCAUGGUCCGCUCCAGCCCCGCUCACUAGGCAGCAUGGAAGCCAAGCAACACCCGAUAAAGAGCGUCAAAAGCUACCCGGAGACCGGCGGCCGGAGUCUGGCGGCGGUCGCCGGUGGUGGUGGUGGAGGAGGAGGCGGAGGAGGAGGAGGAGGCGGCGGGGGCGGAGGAGGAGAAGGAGGCGGCGGCGGGUGUCGAGUCGGCGGCUCCGCGGAAACGGAGAUGGAGACGAAGAUCCAGAAAGCCGUCGACUUCAAGGCGGAGGGCCACCGCUGCUACAAGGAGAAGAAAUUUCGCGAGGCAAUCGGCAAAUACCACCGGGCGCUGCUGCAGCUCAAAGGGGUGCACGUCGCCGAAGGGACGACCGGUGGCUCUGAGGUCAACCUGCUGAACCAACGAGCCGCCGCCAAGCUCACCGAGGAGCAGAUGAGAGCCGUGGAGAGCACCGAGAUUGAGUGCUACGACAGCCUCACAGCUUGUUUAUUGCAAUCCGAGCUGGUCAACUAUGAGCGAGUGAAGGAGUACUGUCUCAAGGUACUGGAUCACCAGAGGGACCACUUCAAGGCCAUGUACCGCGCCGGCAUUGCCUUCUACCACCUGGGCGACUACGAAUGUGCCCUGCGUUACCUGCGAGACGCCAAGAACCGUGAGCCUGCAGAUACCAACGUGCUGCGCUACAUCCAGCUGACGGAGAUGAAGAUGAGCAAGAGCGGCCAGCGGGAACGAGAGCUCGGCAAAGAGACGCACGGCUGACCUGCCCCGUACACGGCCGUCCCUUUUGGAAUCUUGCGCCGACUCACCCGACCGCCCGACCAUCCGUCCUCCAUCCUCGCCAUACUUCCAAGGACCCUCCACAGCACUUGUGGGAGAUGAUUUGAACUUCCUGUUUUUCCGACCCUCCUGCCUGUUUGUCCCUCAGGUGCUGUGGCUCUUUUUUCCUUGACAAAAAAAAAAAAAAAAAAAAUCAAAGAAAACUGCUGUAUUAGAAACCCCCGAAAGAAACUCGUGAAUAAUGGACGUUUGCGGGAUUUAGUCAAAGCGUUUUGUUUUCUCUGCCUUCUCUCUGGGGAGAAUAUCUGGGUAGUGUGUGGUGUGCGGAGGCCUUUUGGAGGGUCAUGAUUGGCUCUGAGUGGGGUGUGCGACACAUAUCAAAAUCAUCGUCCGAUUUGAUUGUACAUGCAACCCGCCAGGAGGGCUCACUCAAGUCCUUUAACCACACUUUCUUGGACUUUUAUUUUGUUCAAUUAAGGGCUAAUUUGAGUGUUUGUCAUCUGUUUUUAUUGUCCAUCAAAACCGGGGGUGGGCAAAGUGUUUUAACUGGCAUUUUACAUCAAGAGUCCUGUAAUACUUACAUUCAUUUACCGGUAGCUUUUUUUUUUUUUUUUUUUUAAAUCAAUCCCUUAAAGUGGUUCAUUAAAAUGUGUUUAUUCAUAUUUUAUUUAUUUUUGUAUUCAGUUAACUCAUUAAAUAAUUGGUCAAUUGAUUCAUAUAUUUCAAGAAAAAUGCACCGAAAGUGAAUAUGCGGCGAAUAAUAUACAAUUUGACAUCUACAUGUAACUAUUUUAAGGUCUAUAUUGCUAAAUAAUUGGUUAAUGAAUUAUUUAACAGUCAAAUUUGGCCCUGGAGUGCAAACUUUUGCCCACCCCUGUUCUAUACUGAAGUUGUCCGUAGCAUUGGUUCUAUCAGGUUCGCUUAUGUUAUGUCUUGAAUUUGUUGUCAAAAAAUCCCCCCGAAGCCUGAGCCCUCACUCCCACACCCACAGUGAGCUGUCCGAGCCGCUCUUAUCGGAACAACUCCGCAGCUUGACAGCAUCCCAAACGCUUAUGUGCACAGUUCAGUUCAGUUGAGCAUUCAUGAUGGCUAGAGCGGGGUACACACAUUAGGGGUUAAACCGAUUAGUCAGCUCGUCUACUGCGCAUCGACAUUUAAAGCUUGAAGUCGACUCAUCACUAAUCACGUUUUUGGUUUCCAGUCGAGCAAUUUAUAGAGGACUUGGACUCGCCCGUUUGGUCAUCGCCGGACUGUAACGCUCUGUGGAGCAGCGACAUUUCCGGCCAACAAGGCAACACAGUCUUCAUACGUCCACGUGUGUCUGAGAGUACGAAAAUAAGAUGGCGGUGGACGAAAAUAGCUGUUAGCCUCGAUGGUUUCGGCUGUUCCGAUCGUCGCUAGUCUUAAAAUAUUCAUCCGAGCAGGACCAGGGGACUGGUGGCGAGGAACGAGGUCAGAGGCGCUAAGUGAAACUCAAAUUUCAUCGCCAAUAUAUUACAUCCAAUAACGCACAGAUACCAACUCUGUGCUAACGAGAACUUUAUUCUUCAUUGAAGUUGUAGGAUACAACAACAUCGACAUCGCGUAACGUGCGGUAACACUUAUAGUACGGCAUACGGCCGAUGAUGCUACAAGCGUGUGGAAUUCUUUCACAAAAAUAGAGACUGGUGGCAAGGUCACUUGCAAAAUUUACAAGCCUGUCCUAAAAUACAAUAAAAGCACAAGACAAAGAGAAACAGCGAACCAGAGAAAGGCUUGAUUUUUGGGGGGAGCCUAUGUCUUUAUGUGAAACUGGCCUGGGGUGCAAAAAAAAAAAAAAAAAAAAAAAAGGUUGGGUACUGGGGUGAAAAAAAUUAUCAACGAUGAAUUGACUUCAACUUGACUUUCAUCACAUUGUACAAAAAAUCUUAAGCGUUCAAACCCUAACACUGAUACCGAUUUUUACCAUCUUGUGUUCUUACUGCUCUUACUGUAUGUGGUAGGGUUUGUAAAGACUAGUCGACUUGUUGACUUUACUACUCCUCAAUGACACCCAGCGCUAGAUGUGGACUAGUCGCCUAUCAUGUUUUGAGGAGGAGCCAGAGCUGCUUUCAACAACAGAUGAGUGCGCUAAUUGAAAUGAGUUCGUCAGCUUAUCAAUUUAUAUUGUGCUCCGCAGCUUUGGUAAGUAAGGGCAAACCACAGAACCUCCAGCGGGAUUUUGAACAACUUUUCGAUCGGCACGAUCAAAGUGCAUAAAGUGGGAAAUGAUUCCACCGUACACGAAGAGGUCUGUGAUUAUUUGCAGACACCGCAAAUUCCCACCACGUAGGACCCACUCUUGUGGUAGGACCACAACAAGGACGGGUUUUCCCGUUCGGCCAGAUUGUAAAAGCGUAACCUUGCUGUCCCACAGCAAACACACCAAGCAAGAGGAUUUAUUUAUUUAUUUAUUUAUUUAUUUUGGUCAAUGUGGAUUUUCUUGUGUUCCAACGAGGAUUGUCCUGCGUAAAUACGGUGUGUAAACUGUCCGUUGACGAUGAAUAUAGAUUAUUGCAACGCAUUCUCUCCUUCUGUCCGUGAUUUUUGUUAGUCAUAGUGCUGUACUGAAAGAAUAUCUGUGACUAAUAGACGUUGACUUGACUUUCGUCAUAUUACGGCGACUUUAAAAGAUCUGUUUGUUCAACCCCGAGUGUGUGGUUUACUCGACGAUGACCGACACAGCACACAACUCGCGUAAGGUUUUGCCGUCGUAAAUAAUGUACACGUUCCGAUUGUCGUCCUGGAUUGUUUUCCCAGCAGAUAGGAGAAGUGGCUCUUAAAACACACAACACAACAUAACACAGGAUAAUCGCUCAAGAUCUGGUAAUCGGGCCUUUGCUGACUUUCAACAGAAGGGGAGAAAAAUGAUCUAAAUGGGCCAGAUUGUUAUUAUGUGUGUACCUCAGUUAGAACAUUACACCUUUGCGUUGUUCCAGUUUACAUAAAAAACAGGGGGAUUUAAUUACUGGUUGGAGUUUGCCCGUGCAGUGGCCCCUUUAAGAAUCUUUCGGGUUAAUUUCUUACUGCGUGAAGUACAGUGACAGUUAGGAGCGUUAAAGUAUGCCAAAAAUCACAGUUGGUACAGUAAAGGAACAAAAUGCGAACAAUAAAAGUGCUUAUUUUUGGUAUAUUUCCAUUUAGAAUUAACUGUUUGCAGUAAAUUUUCCCCCCAAAAAUGAAGAUUCUCUAUUAAUGUAUAAUAUAGAAUAAAAAUGUAUAAAGCUUCAAAUAUUUUAUUUUUAAGAAAUAGUUUCUUUUUUCUUUUUAGGAAACGGACAAUGCCCACAAGUGCAACAGUGUGAAUUAUUAUGAAUUAUUUGGCCAUGAUGGAGGCAACCAAAAACCACCCUACUGUACUCCCAAAAGUACAGGAUCUGGUUAGCCAUGAAAUCCGCUAGGCAGAGGCUGAGCUCCAAUGUAUUUGUUUGCGGCAAAUAAACGUCAACUGCUACGAUGCGAUCAUUGCUCUUAUCGAAUGUCGUCCGUCAGUACAUUGUACUUCACAAUUAGAGCUUAUUGUGAGCAAGAUCUUCUUGGGGUAUUUCAGGCAUCCAAAAGAGGCGAGGGGAGAGUUUAUUUCUGGCAAAUAGACACCUAAGUGUGUCACUGUGUCACACACUGCUACAAGGAGGCCACCAUGCUACACUUUAGGGCCGAGUGACGGAGGAAGUGGCUCGCCAGACGCAUCGGUAUAAACAACUCCAGCGUUCAUCAAAAUGCCAUUGAGAAAACAGGUCUUUGUUCCGAAUCCGAUCACAAAGCGCACAGGAUCAAAUUUAAAAGAUCCUAAUCGAACAAUACUUCUUUGAUUACAAACUAAAAAACACAUUUGUUUGCAAGUACAUCAUGAUUUGAAUUGUAGAACAUGAAGGACGACCACUAAUUUAAUCUCAGCAACAGUCAUACUGUGAUAUAUAUAUACUCACUGGACACAACAUUAGGUACACCCUUGCCAUCUAAUGAUAUCCAAUGUAACAGCUGUGUCAUAAAUUCUGCUUUUAUUAAGAAACUGAUGCUCUGUUUUGAUUGACACUGUCGGUUAGAUAUUCAUUUAACAAUGUUCAUUUUAUUUGUAUUUUAUGUAUGCUGUAGUUUCCAUUUCUUUCCAUUGAAUUAUAAUUUGAUUUGACCAAUUCUAUACUAUUUUCAUCUGCAUAUAGGUAUUACAUUUUUCAUUUUAUUUCAUUUACAUUGUAAAAUAAUAAUGAAAUCAAAUGUAAUGCGAUUUUAAUGCAUUUUAUUUUGUUCUAAAUUAAUGUAAUUUAAUUGAAUCGAGCAUAUUUAAAUGUAUUUAUUUAAAGUUCUAAACUAAUUUCCUUUAAUAAAAGGAAAUGCAUUUACAUUUUGUAUUGUUUUGUAUUUUAUAUUUUAUUCAAACCAAGUUCUAAUUGGUUUAGUUUAUUACGUUAUUGUAUUUUAUUUCUAAAAUUUCAUACCAAUUUCUAAAAUGAUCUAUUAUGUUCAAUGUAAUGCAACAUUUUACUUUAUUUAUUCAAAGUUCUAAAUUCAUUUCAUUUAAGCAAAUGUAAUGCAAUUGCAUUUUAUUUUAUUUAUUAGAAUCACUAUACUGAUUUCCUAUAAUUAAAUGUAAUUCAAUUGUUUUAUUUUAUUUUAUUUAUUUGAAGUUUAAAUAUAUACAUUUUAUUCGAUGUAAGGCAAUUGCAUUUUUUAAUUCAUACAGUCAGUUCUAAACUAAUAUCAUUUAAUGUAAUGUAUGACAAUUUGAUUUCUACAAAGUUCUAAACAAAUGUAAUCAAAUGAUAAGUGCAGGUGUGCCUAAUGUUGUGUGCAGUGAGUGCAUAUUUGCCUUAAUUCUGAUUCAACCAAUUUAGCCACUGAAUGAGCAAUUUCCUGUCCAAAACAUGAUAGCGGUCACUUAAAGGAGCCCAGUGUUGCUGCACGCACGGGUUUUGUCGCUGUGCUAACCCCAAAUGAGAUGAAACAAAACAAAAAAAAACAAAAAAAACAAAAAACCUGUCUCCAUGGUGGCCUCGCUUGACUUUCCUCGCUCCCGUAGCGACGCAGCUCUACCGUGUUUGUUUUUGCCAUCCGGCCUCCUGGGAUGUUCCUUUGCAACCUUUUUCCUAAAGGCGCCAAUUCACCUGUUGGAAAGUCCUCCGAGCGCCAGACUCAAUAUGAGCCGCUGAGAACUAGAACGGGCUAACUACAAUGUUGUCAUUUUCCAAGAGAGUGGUUUCAGGUCUUAUGGCUGCAAUACAAAUCUUGGUGAAUUAUGUGCUAAUGAUUAUUCCUUCUUGAUACUUUUCCAGAAAUUGUGCUUUCCCUCAGAUUUUGGCGUUUUGCUAAUUUUAUGCUUUUGUGUUGCACUUUUAUGUCAUCAUCUUCUGUUUCGUGCGCUCCAUAGCAGUCAGUAUCACCAAGAAUUGAAACAAACUAGGAUUAGAAAAAAAGUGAAGUGCAAUAGUGGUCUAAGUCUGUUCAAUUCAUCAAUAUUUGAUUAAAGAUGAUGAAUAGCAUUCACUUAUAUAAACAUGCACCCAAGCUAAAGCACGACUUAUUUUCCGAGUCUUCUAUCAAUCUCUGGACGUCACCUUCCGGGAUGUUGGCCGAGUGUUGCACUGAUGAACCACCCUGAGUACAAUAAUAGACUGUCAAAAAUGGAUCUAAAUCUUGAGUUGGACCAGUAUAUAUCGGAAAGAUAUGCCUUUUCUUCAUCAAUUUCUGCACUUAACUUAAAAAUGACAAAUAAUGGAGUUAGCCCACUUUGGUUCUCAGUUGCUCAAAUAUAUGAAUUAGUUUUUUUUUUGUUUUUUUUUUAUACAACAGCGUAGAAAGGUUACCAGUCAUGUUUUAGCAAACUACUGUUGCCUUUGUCAAUCAAUAAUAUUUCAUGAAAGAUUUAAAAAAAAAAAACACAUUCCCUCAUAUGAAUCCCACUCUAGUUCUCAGUGGCUAAAUAGUGUACUUCUAAGAAAGACAGUAUGAACCUUGUUACACGGCCACACUAAAUGAUUAUUAUUAUUAUUAUUAUAUAGGAUAAGAAUUGUGGGUUAAAUGUUUUUACGUGAGUUCGUCUGAAGUUAUAUUUGUUUUCAGAAUUGGAUCGAAGUACACCUAUCAAUAUACGGCCCACGGGCUGAAGGUUGUCUACCCUGUCAUGGCCUGGUACUUCUACUAUUUUUUUCUGAAUAUUUGAUUACCAAAAACAACUUUUAAAAGCACAACAAAAAGAUGGUUGCUGUUGCUGCUGUUUUUGUUUUCCUGAUGUCAUUUGAGGUACACAAAUGUUUGUAAAUGUUUGUGAAUAUACAAAUGUCCCCCCCCCCCCCAAAAAAAAAGAACUGGUUGUGAAAAGCUUUAUUUUGAAAACAGAUUAGAAAAGAGCUGCUUUGUGACUGUGUUUUUGAUUUGUGGGCUGUUUUCCUUUAAAAGGGACGCAGAGCUUGACCCGUUUUUCUCGAUGUUCUAAAACGGGACGAGAGGAGAACUGUGAGGAGCUUCAGGCUUGGACCUCUCUCCUGUUGGCUUUGACUUGAAGGCGAUGACGUUGUUUUGAGUCUCUGGAGGACAGAGCUCGCCUCGCACAGCUCAGAGGCUUGCUUUUUCCGUGUCCCGCUUCCCGGAGAAUGCACUACUGCUGAUUGGUCCACGAUAAGAAUAAAGUUGCAAACAAAGAGGAGUCCUAUUGUGUUUGUGUUUAAAUGCACUGAAAAACGCACAAUGUACAUGGAUCUCGACCCACUCGUAAACUGACCUAGAAUUACCUAACAGGCUAUUUGACGUAAAUUCCACUUGAUCAAUUGAAGGGCAUUGUCAUUCUCCAGGUGCAUUAUGGGAAAAGUUUGUUUUCCAAAUUGUACUUAGGCCCACGCUAAGAAGACACCAAUUACAUUACUGUGAGAAUGAAAUGUCAUUUUACAAGAACAACCUUCUAACUUUACCAUAAAUGUUUUGUCUAAACAAAUAUUUAAUGAGACGGUAAUAUUUAAUAAUCAUUUUUAAGUAUAACUCUACAUAUUUUCUUUGCUUGUAGAUUUACAACAUUAGUUACAUUAAAAAAAAAUAUUAUUAUUAUUA